CCCCCCCCGGCGGGCCACUGAGGGGGGACCGGGGCCAUGGCGGGCGGCCGGGAGGUGCGGGCGGUCUUGGUGGCCCUGGUGCUGUUGGCCUGGAGCGCCCACGGCCUCUACUUCCACAUCGGCGAGACCGAGAAGCGCUGCUUCAUCGAGGAGAUCCCCGACGAGACCAUGGUUAUCGGGAACUACCGGACGCAGCUGUGGGACAAGCAGUCGGAGUCGUUCCUGCCCUCCACCCCCGGGCUGGGAAUGCACGUGGAGGUGAAGGACCCCGACGGCAAGGUGGUGUUGUCGCGACAGUACGGCUCCGAAGGACGUUUCACCUUCACCUCCCACACGCCGGGCGAGCACCAGAUCUGCCUCCACUCCAACUCCACCCGCAUGGCCCUCUUUGCCGGCGGCAAACUGCGGGUGCACCUGGACAUCCAGGUGGGCGAACACACCAACAACUACCCCGAAAUCGCCGCCAAGGACAAGCUGACGGAGCUGCAGCUCCGCGCCCGCCAGCUCCUCGACCAGGUGGAGCAGAUCCAGAAGGAGCAGAACUACCAACGGUACCGGGAGGAGCGUUUCCGCAUGACGAGCGAGAGCACCAACCAGCGGGUGCUGUGGUGGUCCAUCGCCCAAACCAUCAUCCUCAUCCUCACCGGCAUCUGGCAGAUGAGGCACCUCAAGAGCUUCUUCGAAGCCAAAAAACUGGUGUAACGCCCCCCCCACCCCCCUCCCGCCCCCCUCUUCCCCGGGCUCCCUGUCCAUCCGCCCUGGGGUGCGGUUUGGGUGGCAAAUAAAGGUUUUUGGGGUCCGAUA